CUGGUUUCCAGUCCUGUCUCCAGCUUAGCAACAUGAAAGUGUUCCGUAGAAAGACUCUGGUGCUCUGCUUGGGCUAUGUGCUGCUGCUGCUGCUUACGAUGCUCAACUUGCUGGACUACAAGUGGCACAAGGGGCCACAGCAGUGUAGUGACCCCUCACCUCCCCGGCGCGUAUCCUAUCUGCAGCAGCUGCCUUAUUAUGCCUCUCAGUCCAGGUCAGACACACGGGCUCUCUAUGGGCCUCCUGUGCCCAUGGCCCGCAAGCGGCAGCUCAUCUAUGUUUUCACCACUUGGCGUUCAGGUUCCUCCUUCUUUGGGGAGCUCUUCAACCAGAAUCCAGAGGUCUUCUUCCUUUAUGAGCCUGUAUGGCACGUGUGGCAGAAGUUGUACCCAGGAGAUGCUGUUUCCCUUCAAGGUGCAGCUCGGGAUAUGUUGAGUUCCCUCUACCGCUGUGAUCUCUCUGUCUUCCAGCUCUACAGCACUGCAGGGGCAGGAAAAAAUCUCACCACCUUGGGCAUCUUUGGUGCAUCCACCAACAAGGUAAUCUGCUCCUCACCUCUCUGCCCAGCUUACCACAAGCAAACUGUGGGCAUGGUGGAUGACAAGCUGUGUAAGAAGUGCCCACCGCAACAGCUCAGUCUUUUGCAGGAUGAAUGCCUCAGGUACCACACUUUAGUCAUCAAAGGCGUGCGGAUCUUUGACAUUGCAGUUUUAGCACCACUCAUCCAAGACCCUUUCCUGGGUCUCAAAGUUAUCCACCUGGUCAGGGACCCUCGGGCUGUGGCUAGUUCCAGGAUCAAAUCCCGCCAUGGGCUCAUCCGCGAGAGCUUACAGGUGGUGAGAAGCAGGGACCCUCGAAUCCAUCGAAUACCAUUCCUGGAAGCAGGCCACAAGCUGAACAAGAAGGAAGGGGGAGGUGGUUCAGACUACCAUGCCUUAGGAGCUAUGGAGGUCAUCUGCAGCAGCAUGACAAAGACUUUGCAAAUGGCUUUGCACCCACCCGAUUGGCUGAAGGGGAAUUAUAUGGCUGUCCGGUAUGAGGACCUGGUUGUGGACCCCAUCAAGACUUUGCGACAGAUCUACGGGUUUGUCAAUUUAGUGGUGAGCCCAGAGAUGGAAAGGUUUGCUCUCAAUAUGACAAGUGGACCUGGAUAUUCUUCCAAACCUUUUGUGGUCUCUGCCAGGAAUGCUAGCCAGGCAGUUAAUGCCUGGAGGACCGCACUGAGCUUUCAUCAGAUUAAGCAAGUGGAAGAGUUUUGCCACCAGCCUAUGUCUAUCCUAGGCUAUGAGAAAGCCAGUAGCCCAGAAGAAGUAAAGGACCUUAGCAAAACAUUGCUUAGGAAGCCAAGAUUGUGAAAAGGAUGUGUGCCUUUCGACACAUAAGGACAUAG